AUGAGUCUGAGACAGUCUCAAUCAAGGACUGAUUUCAAAGAGGAUCCACAGCCAAGUAUGAUGCCUAGCUUCCUCUCUGAUGUCAACCCAUUUGGCUCAGUCUCUUCAGUUGUAAACAAAUUCAACCCGUUCGAUUUGCUAUCUGAGUCAGAUCCAGCCCAGGAAGGAGCCGUCAAAACCCAGAAACCUGUUCAGAAGGAGCAGGAGAGGCCUGAGCAGCAAAAGAGACCUCCAAAGCUACCCACUCAGCAGUCUCCAAAGCCAACAGGUGUGCUCCAAGGAGCCGUCCCACAGAAAACGGGACUUUCCAAACAGCAGCAGCCCCCUGGGUUAUCUAAGCAAGCUCAGCCCCAAGGUCCUAGCCAACCAGCAGGCCCUCAGGCAGAAGAAACAAAACAGCCACAAGGGCCACCAAAAACUCAGUCGCAGCAGCUAGAAUCUGCAAAGUUUCCUGCACAACUAGCAGGUGCUGCAAAAGCAUCACCCCAGCGACUUGUUACUGAUCAACCAUCUUCCCAGUCGCAUGUUGCCACAAAACAGCCUGGUGGGCCUUCAAAAACUGCUCCUCAGGCAUCAGGGUCCAGUCAACCAUUGUCACAACAUCCAGGACAUCUCGCAAAGCCGGUUCCCGAGCUGGCCAGCCCUGCAGCAGCCCAGUCAGAGCAGCCAGGCAGGCCGCAGCCAGAAGGAUCUCUAAAACCCUCCGGGCUGCAGACAGGACUGGAGAAAUCUGUACAGCAGCACCCGACGGCUCCAUCUCAGCAGGCAUCCCCACCUGCAGAACUGGCCCCAAAGAAAACUUUCUGCCCUCUUUGCAGUACUACUGAGUUGAUGUUGCACCCUCCAAACAAGGCCAAUUGCAACACCUGCACUCAGUGUCAGAUUGUAGUCUGCAGCCUGUGUGGGUUCAAUCCUAAUCCACACAUAACGGAGAUUAAAGAAUGGCUCUGCUUGAACUGCCAGAUGCAAAGAGCGUUAGGCGGUGACUUCUCUCCAGCUCACGGCCCUGGACCACAUCCCUCCUCACCCAAACAGAAGAUUUCUGCUCCACCCUCAGCAACUAAACCACCUUCCCAGGCGCAGAAGACUAAGCCACCAGAACCCCAAAAGCCACCGACUCAAAUGAAAAUUCUGGCGGCCAAAGUUCAACCUGUGGAAUCCCCACCUAAAUCCAGCCAGGCUAAACUGCCAUUGAUGGAAGAUAAACAGAAGCAAUCAAGAACGCACAAACCCCCAGGUGGUGGUGGGCCUACGCUAGCAGCUUCAGAGACCAAGCAAGAUGUCCCUGGUCCAAAGGCAACAUCAUCCCAGCCAAAAGUGACAAAUCCCCAGAGAUUAGAGACUGCCAAGCCAUUUCAACAUGCAGCCCCUGCAGAUUUCAAAACCUCACCACAAUUGUCUCCGCAGAAUCCUGACCUCAGAAGUGCUUCUCAGCCUCGACCUAGUCUUGAUGCUAACACUCAAAUGCAAGCUGAAAUAAUGGAAAUAAAAGAAGGUCCUAAGAAAAUGUCACCACAUGUGACCCAUCAGCCAGGUUCCCAGGAGGAUCUCAAAGGGCAGCAGACCUCUGCAGGUCAAAAGCCUGCUCCAUCUCAGCCACAAAUCCCUUCUCAGCAGCCACAGAAGAUGGCAGAGCCUUCUCAGCACUUCAGUCUUCCUGUAGGAGGUAUUACUGAUGUCCCAAAGCCACAUCCAGUAACGCCUCAAGAAACUGUAUCUGGGAAGCUCUUUGGAUUUGGGGCUUCCAUUUUUAGUCAGGCUUCCAAUUUAAUAUCCGCAGGGGGGCAAUCAGGGGCUCAGACAUCAGGCCCUUCCUCUGGGGCCCCAUCAAAGCAGCUCCCUCCUCCACCCCAGCCGGCUUCCCAGAAAGAUGCCCAGCAGGCUCAGCCAUCUCUCAAAGCAAAUCCUGUGAAAAGAAAUGUCAGGCCUUCUAUGCCAGAAACGUCUCAGCAACCCAAAGUGGAAGGCACCACCACUGUCAAAGAAGCUGAAGGGGAAAAGAAGCCUUUGCCUGGCAAAGGCACCAAUCCCCAGACUGCUAAAACAAAGCCAGGUGUUCAGGAACCUUCACGGCCAGCAGCUGCUGAAACAAAGUCAAGUGUUCAGGAACCUUCACGGCCAGCAGCUGCUGAAACAAAGUCAAGUGUUCAGGAACCUUCACGGCCAGCAGCUGCUGAAACAAAGUCAAGUGUUCAGGAACCUUCACGGCCAGCAGCUGCUGAAACAAAGUCAAGUGUUCAGGAACCUUCACGGCCAGCAGCUGCUGAAACAAAGUCAAGUGUUCAGGAACCUUCACGGCCAGCAGCUGCUGAAACAAAGUCAAGUGUUCAGGAACCUUCACAGUCAGCAGCUGCUGAAACAAAGUCAAGUGUUCAGGAACCUUCACAGUCAGCAGCUGCUUGUCCUCUCUGCAAAACUGCACUCCGCAUGGGCCCUAAGGAUCAUUCCAAUUGCCAGGAAUGCACAGAAUGUAAGACUGUGGUAUGCAAUCUCUGUGGAUUUAACCCCAUGCCACACAUCACAAAGGUACAAGAAUGGCUGUGCUUAAAUUGCCAGACGCAGAGAGCAUUAAAAGGACAACUUGGGGAUAUGGGCCAAUUGACGCCAACUAUGCUUUCAAAAUCAUCACCCAAACCAUCAGUCUCUGUUCUAAGACAGACUAAGCUUGCGGAGUCAUUUUCUCAGCAAAAGUCCAUAGCACAAUCUUCUCAGGUACUGGAAAAGCCAAAAGAAGCCGAAGAAAUUAAGGAGGAAGAUUCAAAACGUCAACAGCAAAAAUUAACAGAGGACAUGCCUGCAGAAAAAGUCCAAGAGACUGUUGAAAAAGAAUAUUUAACAGCUCAAGAAAAUGUGGAAAAAACAAUAUUAGCUGAUGAAAUCACACAGAUCGUUCAAGGGGAAGAUUUGGCAAAGUCGAAUCUAGAAUUGGCAAAGGCACCCUCUACUGAUCAAAUUCCAAAGGAAGAGCUAAAACUGGCCAUAAGACCAUCUGCAGAUAAGAUCUCAGAAACCAUGCCAGGUGAUUUGGCAAUAAUAUCACCAUGUGAUAAAAUUCAGGAAAUCAUAUUGGCUAAAACACCAUCACCCCAAAAAGAAAAUCAAGAGCUGAAAGUUGCCCAGCCACGACCUGCUGACCAAAUUCAGAAGGAUGAUACAAAUUUUCAACCAGUGAAACUGCCCAAAGCACCACUUGCUGGUCAUAUUCAAAAGGAAGAGACAAAGGAGACUUCACCUGAGGAUAAGAUUGUACAGCAGGUUCAAAAGGAAGAUUUGAAACACCAGGAAGAAAAAAUGACAGAAGUACCAUCUGCCAGUGAAUUUAAGAGAUCAGCUCCAAUAGCAAAGCUGGUGAAUCAGCCGUCUGCUGAUCAGAUUCGGAAGGAUGAAUCAAAACUGCAGCAGGGAAAAUUAGUGAAGGCAUCCUCUGCUGAUCAGCUUCGACUGGAUGAUCUAAAACAUCUGCAGGUAAAACUGGUAAAGAUCCCUGUGCUGGAUCCAGUUUCUUCCAAGUCGAGUACUGAUCAGGCUCAACUAACUAGAACGGUAGAGGAUGACAUCAAGUCUCCAUUCUUGCAAGAUAUCCCCCAGUUCCCUGAAGCCAAACGUGUACUGGUGACAGUUGGAGCUGAAGAGAAGUUAGAAGCCAAACUGCCUGAAGGAACAAAAAAAAAGGAAGACAUUAAAAAAGAGGAUUCAGCCAUAGGGGUUCCAGAAACCUUUUCCAAAGAUCAGAAAUCUCAAAAAGAAAUUUCAGUUCCAGCAACAUUAUUAGCAAAGCCUGAUCAUAUUGAAACACUAAAAAGAAAAACAGAAAAAGAAGACAAUAAAUCAGACACAUCAAGUUCCCAGCAACAAAAAAGUCCACAAGGCUUGAGUGACACAGGAUACUCAUCAGAUGGGAUAUCAAGUUCACUUGGUGAAAUCCCUAGUCUUAUCACAAGUGAUGAAAAAGAUAUGCUGGAAAAACCUAAUAAACAAGAAACACUUUCACAAGAAAGUAGCCCGUCGAGUCCUUCUGAUCUGGCUAAGCUAGAAAGCACUGUCUUGUCAAUUUUGGAAGCUCAAACUUGUAGCCUUGCUGAAGAGAAAUCCGGAAAGACCCAAAUCCUUUCUGGUAUUUAUGCUGAACAAGCAAAAGACACAUACAAAACGAAGCCCCUGCCUUUUGCACCAGAAUCCUGCAGUUCAGAUGAUGAAGAUUUAAUUGUGCCAAAAAUUCAAGUGAAAAAUGGAGGAACUCCUGCAGAAGAUGGUAAACAAACCAUGCCAUCUCAGAAGAAGUACAAACAAAUGGCAGGCGCAAUGGAAGAUGUCUCAAUAAGAAGGCAAUGCUAUGACUCUGUAGAAGAUAGCAGUGAAAGUGAGAAUUCACCAGUCCCACAGAGAAAAAGACAGACUAGUGUUGGUUCUUCUAGCAGUGAUGAAUAUAAACCAGAAGACAGUCCAGGCUCAGGUGAUGAAGAAGAAUUAAUUAGAAAGCAGAUCUUGGAAAUGAGUGCAGAUGAAGAUGCUUCGGGAUCUGAAGAUGACAAAUUCAUCAGGAGUCAGCUGAAGGAAAUCAGUGCAAAUGAAAGCCCAAUAAAGGAAGAAGUGAAGAGUAAAAAAGGAACAGCAGGAAGACAUAAGAAGAUAACGCGCAAAUGUAGCAUAGGCUAUGAAGAGGAUGCUGGUAGGCGCCAUUCCUGGCAUGAUGACGACGACGACGACGAUGAGACUUUUGAUGAAAGUCCAGAACUGAAAUAUAGGGAAACAAAAAGUCAAGACAGUGAAGAAAUCACCGGAGGAGGCCUUCGUCGUUUCAAAACAAUAGAACUCAACAGCACGAUAGCAAAUAAAUAUUCUGAGGAAUCUGAACAGCCAAAGAGGAGUCUAUAUUUUGAAGAAGAACCAGAGUUAGAGAUGGAGAGUCUUACAGAUUCACCAGAAGAUAGGUCCCGAGGAGAAGGGUCUUCUAGUCUUCAUGCCUCCAGUUUCACGCCAGGUACUUCUCCUACAUCUGUAUCUUCACUCGAUGAAGACAGUGACAGUAGUCCAAGUCAUAAAAAAAUGGGAGGAGAAAGUAAACAGCACCGUAAAGCCAGACAUCGAACACAUGGUCCUCUUCUUCCAACUAUUGAAGACUCUUCAGAAGAAGAGGAGCUCAGAGAGGAGGAGGAAUUGCUGAAAGAGCAAGAAAAACAACGCGAACUAGAACAGCAGCAAAGAAAGAGCGCUAGCAAAAAAGCUAAGAAAGACAAGGAUGAGCUCAGAGCCCAAAGAAGAAGGGAACGGCCAAAGACACCACCAAGUAAUCUUUCUCCAAUUGAGGAUGCUUCCCCAACAGAAGAGCUGCGUCAGGCAGCAGAAAUGGAGGAACUACAUCGGUCUUCCUGUUCCGAAUAUUCACCAAGCAUUGAAUCAGAUACGGAAGCCUUUGAAAUCAGUCCUGAAAAAAUAAUAGAAGUUCAAAAGGUUUAUAAAUUGCCUACAUCUGUCUCUUUAUAUUCUCCUACAGAAGAGCAACCAAUUGAAAUUCCAGAAAACAGUGUGUUAAAUACCUUAAAAAGCGCUGAAGAUGUGUAUGAGGAAAUGCUGCGUACAUCCCACAAAGCUCAGAAAUUUGCAGAUAUCAGUGGAAAAGAUGAAGUAUUUGAAAAAGAGCCCUUAUAUGGUGGUAUGUUAAUAGAGGACUAUAUUUAUGAGUCAUUGGUGGAAGAUACUUACAGUGGGACUCCUGAAGCUAGUUUCAUUGCAAAACAAAAUGAGAACUAUGAAUUUAGCCAACAGAGAGAGAAAGAGAAGAAAGCAAAGCCUAUUGGUCAGCUAGAUGAAGGACCUAUGCAAAAAUCUAUUGAUGUACAGAAAGAGUAUUCUACCAGAGAGUCACUGCAUUCUGUUAUAUCUCAAGAAGACAUUGUAUGUAGCUCUUACAUUAUGCCAGAAAGUCAUGAAAUAGUUGUUUUGGAGAGUGAGGCACCAUCUUUGAGUGAUGAAAAACAGUUGUUAGAUGCAGAUGCUGCUUACGAUGAAUUUAUGAGGCAACAAGAAAUACAAUUGAGCCCAAGCUCCAGUCCCACUCAGCUGUCACCUGAAUUAAUUCUUCCCUCAGAUGCAGAAACCUCCGGCAAAGCACCAGAUAGCAUGCCGUGGAUGUCAAGUACUCCUUCAGCAGUUUUAGAUAGACCUUCACUGAGUUCUGCAGUGCUUCCUAUUCCAUAUGUCAGAAUUACUCAGCACUUUACAGCUGAUGAAAUAGAAGAUGAAUGCCUCACAGAUUAUGCCCAGGAGAUUGAAGAAAUUAUUUCCCAUGAGGCACCCGUACUGAUAUACUCAGAAGCCUCAGAAAGUGCUGCAUCCGUUUUACCUUCAGAUGCAUCAUCCCUCACAUCAUCCACUUCUUCAGUUUACACCACUGGUAAUUCUUCUCCUGUGGCUGGACUAGAUGGCAUGACUUUAGGCUAUGCAGAAACAGUAGAUACUAUAAGCAAGUUAUCAGAUCCUGACAGGACCAGUUCAAUGAACCAGGUUCCCAUAACUUCUACAAAAGAGUACUUUGAAUCUGCUGUGUUACCCCCUAAGAAGGCACUUCCAGCCAAAGAUGUAACACAUGUAGAUCAGAGUUCAGUUUCCUUGCCUGAAGUCGGGUCCAUCAUAACAACAUCUACAGAUACAAAACCUGUUGGACCCAUCUCUAUUGCCUUGGAAACCAUCUCAUCCAAAGAGGACAAAACUGGAAAAGAUGUGAUGGUGAGGGAGCUUUAUGAAGAACAGAAAAGAGCUGCUGUCAAGACAGCAAGGACAGCUUCAACAGUUUCUAUACCUGAUGAAAAGUUUACAUUUGCAGGUCCUGCUACAGAGCCAACACCGAUAAUAUCCUCCUUUACUUCUGCGGUGCCCAAAUUGCCAUCUGCAGUUUUGCCUUUCCCCACUGUUGCAUCCAAAACAUUCUCAUUUGUCAGAAGUUCUUUAGACUCUGCUGCUCAGUCAUCUCCUCUUCCACCCUCUCGGCCUCCCCCUCUUCCCCCUCCCCCACCACCUCCACCACCUACUCUGCCUAAGCCAGCUCUUUAUCCUAAAAAGAAGCCGCUAGCUAAGGCUCCACUGACAACAGCUCCUCCAACCAUAGUACCAUCUGUUGGCAGUGUCAGACCAGUAGAGUCAACUUCUGCCAUAAAAACCAAUGGGACAGUUGUCACGAGGAUAUAUACUUCCACACCCCCUCCUGUCCCUCCUAAGCCAGCCUCAAUUCCAUCAGGGCUUGUGUUCACACACAGAACUCCUGAAAUAAUUAAACCUCCUAUUGCUCCCAAGCCAGCAGUCCCCCAGUUGCCAACAAAUGUCCACAAACCAGCAGAAGCACAGCCCAGGGCACUAGGUUUGUCUUUAGCCAGUGGUAUGUCUUUGAACUUGGUUUCCCCUGCUGAGUACAAGCUGACGUCCCCUACAUCUCCAUUGUCUCCACAUUCUAACAAAUCUUCACCAAGGCUAUCAAAACCCACUCAGGAAACCUAUGUUGUUAUCACAUUGCCCUCUGAGCCUGGAACUCCAACCGAGUCCAUUACCAGCCAGGCGAUUAUAAAUUGGCCUUCAGGAUCAGCCCCUAAGGAACAGGCAUCGCUGAAUAUGCAACCAUUAUUUAUUCCAUCCAUCAGUGCUCUGCAGAUUCAAAGCACAAGUGAUCAACUUGUCCCCGCUAUUCCUAUCACUGCCCACUCAAUUUUUGAAAUAGUCCCUAGCUCAGCGACACAGUUAAUAACAACAGAAGUUGCCAGAACUUCAGUGUCUUUGGUCAAAAGUGCUGGUUUAGGUGGUGUUUCCAUAACUAUACCUCCGGAACCAGCACAGUUAAUAGAUCCAUCUAGAUAUAGAGAAAAUGGAAGAAUACAUCUCUUUAGCGAUGUCAUUGAUCUUCGCACUUUGACUAAAAUGGAUUUUGAAAGGACGGACAGCUGUAUGGAUCUUUCUGCUGCUCCUAUAGAAGUAAGACGGCAAACCAUGGCAAGUGAUAUAUCUGGACGGCCAAUAAGCACAGUUCAACCGGCUAUUAUAAAUCUCAGCACUGCGUCAACAGCAGAGCCUUCUUUAGCUCCAGUUACUGAAACAAUUACAAUAGUAACCUGCACGGCUACUGAAAGCUAUAGUUCUAGUUCAGAAAGUCUUGUAGACCUUGGACGUGCAAUGACAACACCGCUGCAGCUAACAUCACAACAUUUUGAACUUGGAUCAAGAGCACCUGGUAGCCAGGCACUCUCUGCAGGCAGAGAUGAAGUGCCCAUAAAUCUUUCCCUAGGUACUCCAGUGACCUGGGCUUCUACAAAUCUGGUGACUGUCCCUCCAGUGGGUAUAACCAGUGUUUGGGCUGAUGUUGGCGCUACUCAUGAACCUAUGGAGAGUGGGGUAGUUGAUCUCAGUACCACAAAAGCCCAUAGAACUAUGGUGUCAGUGGAUGAAAUGAUGUCAGGAAUUGUUACCUCUGUAAUAGAAGAUGAUGACAAACCUGUGGACUUGACCGCAGGGAGAAGGGCAGUUUGUUGUGAUGUGAUCUACAAGCUACCAUUCGGUAGGAGCUGUACAGCCCAAGCUCCUGCAACAUUACCUGAAGAUCGUUUUGGUUACAGGGAUGAUCACUAUCAGUAUGACCGCUCAGGACCGUAUGGCUACAGAGCCAUUGGAGGUAUGAAACCUUCUAUGUCAGACACCAAUUUAUCAGAAGCUGGACUUUUUCUGUACAAAAGCAAGAAUACUUUUGACUACCAAGCUGGGGAAACUGAUGUAGCAGUAGACUUAACUUCUGGCAGAAUAAUGACAGGUGAAAUUGUGGAUUACUCAAGCAAGAUUACUGGUCCUUAUCCAGAGUCUCGGCAAGUUGUUUCUGGCAUGGGGAUCAGUGCACCUCAGUAUUCCCAAGCAAGAAUAGUGCCAACAUUAGGAUCCCCAUAUGGCAUUGGGAGUGUUUUAAGAUCAUCCAACGGAGUUGUGUAUUCAUCAGUCGCAACUCCAGUCCCAUCAACCUAUGCUAUCACAACGCAACCGGGUUCCAUUUUCAGUACUUCAGUUAGAGACAUGUCUGCUCUCCCCACACCUGAUAAAACGCCCUCCUUAUCAACCUUGCAGCAGAACCAAACACCUCCAAGAUCGUAUAACUUCUUGACCGCCAUGUCGUCAGACAAAGAGGGUGAGAUUACUGACAUAGACAUUGAGCCAGGAUUACAUUCUCACCCUAUAGAAACUAUCACAAAUGAGUCCACCGACUUGUUACCUAUCUUUACAACCGUUUCCGAAGCUUUCAUGGAUGUUAUUCAGGAUGAAGCGACGCUUCUCGUUGUCCCUCAGGAAGACAAACAGCAACAUCUUGACUUGGAGCGUGAGCUGCUAGAGCUGGAGAAACUGAAGCAGCAGCGUUUUGCAGAGGAGCUAGAGUGGGAACGCCAAGAAAUACAAAGAUUCCGAGAACAAGAACAAUUCAUGGUUCAAAAAAAGCUUGAGGAAUUGCAGUCUAUGAAACAUCAUCUCCUAUAUCAGCAGGAGGAAGAGCGACAGGCUCAGUUCAUAAUGAGGCAGGAAACAUUAGCUCAGCAGCAACUACAUAUUGAACAAAUCCAGCAACUUCAACAACAGCUUCACCAACACCUAGAAGAACAAAAAAUCCAACAAAUCUAUCAAUAUAAUUAUGACACUUCAAGAAAUGUGUCUCCGCCAACAACCACAGAUCAAGUAAUUACUGAAGACCAAUAUGCGGCUGCUAUAAAAAGCCAAUUUUGGACUGGUGAGGAAACUACUUCAACCACUUCCGCUGUUCUUGGCAUUGAAAUUCCUCAAAGCCAAGCCUGGUACACACUUCAGUCAAAUGAUGCUUCUCAGUACAUUCCUAGGCCUGGCAUACUAAGUUCUGUUUCAGAUAUGUCACUUAAGGACAUUGAUGUAAGAGAGGAAAAGCAACUGAAAAAGAGGAGCUCCAUGCCAAAGCUACUUGGCCCAUAUGAGGAUGAAACCAUAGAAGAGGAGUCCAGGUGUCUUAAAAAGAUAGCAGACAGCGGUGUUCAAACGGAUGACGAGGAUAGUGCAGAUACAAACUACACAGACCAAAGGCAGAGGACUAAAAAGGGUAUUGAUACAAGCGUUCAGACAGAUGAUGAGGACCAAGACGAAUGGGACCCAACCAGCAGAUCGAGUAGAAAAACUCAUGGAGGAAAAUAUGAAGUUACCAUAGCAGUGGACAAGGCUAAACCAUUCUCCAAAUUCUCCAGCACUGCAGUACAGACAGUAGCAGAGAUUUCUGUACAAACAGAACCUGCAGGGAUAAUAAGAACCCCAUCUGUAAGGGCCCAGCUGGAUGCGAAAGUAGAAAUUAUAAAACACAUUUCAGCUCCAGAAAAGAUGUAUAAAGGUAGAAGUUUGGGAUGUCAGACAGAAACAGUCCUAGACUCCCAAAGCCCUCAAUACUUCACAGCUACCUCCCCUCAAAAAGACAAGAAACGCCCAACACCCUUAGAAAUAGGCUAUUCAACCCAUCUCCGGCCAGAACCUACACUCCAGGUAGCACCUUCACCUCCCAAAUCCCCCAAAGUUCUCUAUUCUCCCAUUUCCCCUGUUUCUCCAGCUGCAGUUAUAGAGUCAGCAUUUGUACCCAUAAGUGAAGAUAUUAGUCUUCAGAAGAUUGUGCAUGCUGAUGUCACCAAGAUUACUCAGAUGAGCCCAAAGUCUGCCAACGUGGUGCAACGUUCCUUGUCUGACCCUAAACCUCUGAGCCCAACAGCUGAAGAUCCCUCAAGAGGUCAUUUUCAGUACUCUGACGGUUUCUUGAGUAAAGGCUCUUCAAGUGUAGCAUCCUCAGGAAUGCAGAAGAAGGUCAAAAGGACUCUGCCCAACCCACCUCCAGAAGACAUUGCUGUAGGAACGCAGUCUGCCUUUACCACUGUGGGGUCAACUUCACGUCGAAGGAUCUGUAGAAGCAAUACUAUGGCCAGAGCUAAAAUCCUCCAGGAUAUAGACAGAGAACUGGAUCUAGUAGAACGAGAGUCAGCCAAGCUUCGGAAGAAGCAAGCUGAACUAGAUGAGGAAGAAAAGGAAAUAGAUGCAAAACUUCGAUAUUUAGAAAUGGGUAUCAAUCGAAGAAAGGAAGCAUUGCUUAAAGAAAGAGAAAAGAGAGAGCGUGACUAUCUUCAAGGAGUAGCAGAGGAACGGGAUUAUAUGUCGGACAGUGAAGUUAGCAGCACCAGGUCUGCUAGGAUAGAAGCUCAGCAUGGCUUGGAAAGGCCUCGGACUGCACCUCAAACAGAAUUUGAUCAGUUUAUGCCUGCACAGUCUCAACCAGAAACUCAGUUUGCAACUCCUACAAGCCCUUAUACACAGUAUCAAUACUCUUCACCUGCCCUUCCUACUCAAGCAUCGGUUCAGUACACACAACAAACACAUUACCAACAACAUCAGCCUUUAUACCAAUCACCACAGGUUUCUCCUUAUCAGACCCAGUCAGCAUUCCAGACAGUGGCUACUAUGUCCUUUACACCUCAAGCGCAACCACUGCAAACCCAACAGCCUUCCUAUCAACUCUCAUCACAGUUGGUGGUGAUCCCACAAAAAGCAAGGCAAACUUCAUUAUACCUAGAACCCAAAAUAACAACAAAUUAUGAUGUAAUUCGCAAUCAGCCUCUCAUGAUAGCACCUUCAUCCUCGGAUAAUACAUAUGCAAUAUCCCACUUGAGUAGUAAAUACAGUACAUUGGACUUAAGAAUGGGACUGAAUGAAAGAAGCAGCAUGGCCAGUAGUCCUAUCUCCAGCAUAUCUGGUGAUUCAUUCUAUGCAGAUAUAGACCACCACACACCACGCAAUUAUGUGCUGAUUGAUGAUAUUGGGGAGAUCACUAAAGGAACAUCAUCUCUAAGCUCUGCUUAUAGCCUUCAUGAGAAGGAACUAACCAAAACUGAUCAGCUGCUUCGAACAACUGAAGCCCGUAGGAUGCAGGAAGUCUCAGAUUUCCUUCCACCAUUGCAACCUUCUUCUCGGUUGCAUAAUUACAUGAAAACUGAUGAAGACCCAAUGGAAGAUCCUUAUGAAUUGAAGCUUCUAAAGCAUCAGAUUAAGCAGGAGUUCCGCCGGGGUGCAGAAAGCUUGGAUCAUGUGGUGGGUCUUUCACAAUAUUACCAUGGGGAUACUAGCUACAGACAUUUUCCAAAGUCUGAGAAAUACAGCAUAAGCAGGCUUACCUUAGAGAAACAAGCUGCCAAACAGCUUCCAGCAGCUCUUCUUUACCAAAAGCAGUCAAAGCAUAAGAAGGCUUUGAUAGAACCCAAAUUAUCUAAAUUUUCACCCAUACAGGAAACCAGGGACCUUGAGCUGGACUAUUCAACCUACCUGACUUCCAGCACUUCUUCACUUGGGGGCAUCACCUCCAGAGCAAGACUUCUCCAGGAUGAUGUCAUGUACGGUCUUCGAAAAAAUAUCACAGAUCAGCAGAAGUUUAUGGGACCAACACUUGUACAUUCUCUUGGUACAAGCCUUGGAGCUGCGCUGAGCACAACAAUGAGAUCCACUUUACAAGACGAUGCUGAUAAACCCUAUGGCAGCGGCAACAGAUCCAGACCUUCCUCCCGGCCGUCAUCAGUCUAUGGGAUUGAUUUAUCACUGAAAAGAGAUUCUUCAAGCUCUUCUUUAAAGUUGAAAACCCAAGAGGCCGAGCCUCUAGAUAUUCCUUUCAGCCACGCAGCCCCAUCUGGAAGAACUAAACCAACCAGCCUACCUAUAAGUCAGAGUAGAGGACGAAUCCCAAUAGUUGCACAGAAUUCAGAAGAAGAAAGUCCUUUAAGCCCUGUGGGUCAGCCAAUGGGAAUGGCAAGAGCAGCAGCUGGGCCAUUACCUCCGAUAUCUGCAGACACUAGGGACCAGUUUGGGUCAAGCCAUUCAUUGCCUGAAGUUCAACAACACAUGAGAGAAGAAUCACGAGCUCGGGGUUAUGAUCGGGAUAUUGCCUUCAUCAUGGAUGACUUCCAACAUGCCAUGUCAGACAGUGAAGCCUACCACCUUCGCCGGGAAGAAACAGAUUGGUUUGACAAGCCUCGGGAGUCUCAUUUGGAGAAUGGACACGGCUUUGAUAGAAGGCUACCAGACAAGUUAGCCCACUCAAGACCACCAAGCCAGCAUCAAGAUCAAAUAAAUGGGAAGCCAAUCCAAUACAUCUUUCCCCAUGCAAGACUGAAACUUCUGAGGGACCCAAAGGAUCGCUCAGUUUCAGGCAAUGGGCUGGGGAUCCGAGUUGUAGGUGGGAAAGAGAUUCCGGGAGCCAAUGGUGAAAUUGGUGCUUACAUUGCUAAAAUCAUGCCUGGUGGAAGUGCUGAACAGACAGGGAAAGUUAUGGAAGGAAUGCAGGUGCUGGAAUGGAAUGGCAUUUCUUUGGUUGCCAAAACAUAUGAAGAAGUCCAGAGUAUCAUCGGUCAACAGAGCGGGGAAGCAGAAAUAUGUGUAAGACUGGAUCUCAAUAUGCUGUCAGAUGCUGAGAAUCCCCAACAUCUGGAAUUGCUUGACCCGGGAAAAACAGUGGAAAAAACAAAGUCUCCAGGAGUUGAUCCUAAGCAAUUAGCUGCAGAGCUGCAAAAGGUCUCCCUGCAGCAGGCCCCUUCGGUUGUCUCCUCAGCAAUGGACAAAGUCUCCUGUGCUCAUUCUGGCACUACAUCAGCCACUUCCAGUUCUGUUCCCAGCCCUGGCCAGCCUGGUUCUCCUUCAGUCAGCAAGAAACGGCACAGCGGCAAGCAGCCUGCUGAAGCCACAAAGUCCAGUUCCCAUCCAGUUACCGGAGAAAUUCAGCUUCAAAUCAACUAUGACAAGUACCUCGGUAAUCUGAUCAUUCAUGUGCUUCAAGCAAGAAAUCUCGCUCCCCGGGACAACAAUGGCUAUUCUGAUCCAUUUGUCAAGGUCUAUCUUCUUCCUGGAAGAGGUCAAGUGAUGGUUGUCCAGAAUGCAAGUGUUGAGAACAAGAGGAGAACUAAAUACAUACAGAAAACCUUGAAUCCUGAAUGGAACCAGACAGUCAUUUAUAAAAACAUUUCCACGGAGCAGCUGAAGAAGAAAACCUUAGAAGUUACAGUCUGGGACUAUGAUAGAUUCUCCUCCAAUGACUUGCUUGGUGAGGUAUUAAUUGAGCUAUCUAGUACCUCUCAACUAGAUAAUACACCUCGGUGGUAUCCACUAAAAGAGCAAAAUGAAGGCGUCGACCAUGGGAAAUCCCAUUCCGGACAAAGCAGCCAGCAAUCACCAAAACCAUCUGUCAUUAAGAGCAGAAGCCAUGGAAUAUUUCCUGAUCCAUCUAAAGACGCGUCAGUGCCCACCAUUGAGAAGUCUCACAGCAGUCCUGGAAGCUCCAAAUCAUCCUCAGAAGGUCACCUGCGCUCCCAUGGACCAUCCCGCAGUCAAAGCAAAACUAGCGUCACUCAAACUCACCUUGAAGAUGCUGGGGCAGCCAUCGCCGCUGCUGAAGCAGCUGUCCAACAGCUCCGUCUUCAACCAACAGCACAUAAAAGCGGUCAAUCUAGUAAUGCAAGGAAGCAGAACAGACACAGCAUUGCAGGCGUCCUUCCUAUUCAAAGAACUCAGUCUGACAAUCUGCCUCCACCAGCCAGUGACAACAGAGAUCAAAACCAACUAGCCCUCAGGAAAGUGAUGUCUGAAGGAUCAGCCAAGCCUGAAGGAGCAAAACCCACCAACCACCGACAAGGAGAAAGCUCCGUCUCAGCAGGCUCAUCAGCCAGUAGCUUUGGCAGUGGAUACAGUGUGGACACGGAAGGAAGCAGCAGCACCAGCAGCACCGGAGACAGCAGUCUGUUUCCCAUUCCAAGAAUAGAAAAGAUGAACCAGAAUGGACAAGAAGCAGUGAAGCCAUCAGGAGUAGGAUUAACAGAGACUGAAGGUAAAACCCAGAUGUUGGGUGAAAUUAAGAUUGCUCUAAAGAAGGAAAUGAAGACAGAUGGUGAACAGCUAAUAGUGGAGAUCCUUCAGUGUAGAAAUAUCACAUACAAGUUUAAAUCCCCAGAUCACUUACCAGAUCUGUAUGUGAAGCUGUAUGUUGUCAACCUAACUACUCAGAAGAGAGUGAUGAAGAAGAAAACAAGAGUGUGCAGGCAUGACAGAGAACCUUCGUUCAACGAAACAUUUAGAUUCAGUUUGAAUCCUAGCGGGCAUUCUCUCCAGGUUCUCCUUGUUUCCAAUGGAGGGAAGUUUAUGAAAAAGACUUUAAUUGGUGAGGCAUAUAUCUGGCUUGACAAAGUGGACCUCAGGAAAAGAACAGUAAACUGGCACAAACUUUUGGUCAGCUCAACACAGGCACAUUGAGCAAAUGCAUCUUCUUGGGGCAGCUAGGUUUUUGAAAUGUGUCCGUACAUGUGGUUCCAAGACUCUAGUUUGAUAUUGUGUUUAGCUAAGUUUUCAUAAUAUUAAGGAGGAAGAACAGGUUUCUAUGAGGGCUAAUUAGUUGUUCUGCUGUAUUUAA